GUUUAUUUCGUAGAUACAGCAGGGCCUGCUGUUGUGCCGAGGUCUAAAGGUUCGUUGGUUGCGGCAAAAUAAACAUGCCGACGCUCCCGACCUUCAACUUGCCUCAGCUGCCGAAUAAGCUGUUUGGCGUGCGCAUCGACACCCUGCUUGCCUACGAGACGCCAAAGAUAGUUUUACUCCGCAACCCGCAACUGGGCGCUUGCUAUUUCUUCCUCGCCGUUGCCGCUUUUUGCUACAUUGUCCUGUACCAGAUCCUGUAUCACAACGAGCACUUCCAGCUCUUUGACGUGGAGGGGAAAGUGCGCGCGACGCUACAGGAGCCGACGAAAAACGGCUGCAACCCAAAUGACCCUGAUUGUGCCGACAGUUUUGCACACUUGAAGGAUUUACCGUAUUGCAAGGCAAGUUCGUCCUCACCGAACGAGGAUGCAAAAGAGGAUGAACAAACGGGUAGCGCACCGGGGGUUCCGCCGGCGGUGCAGAUGUUGUCGCGAAGAUCACGGCUAUCAUUCGGGCAGGCAGCCGCCGCAGCAGUGCCAGCGAAAAAUAUCACGCAGCAGGAGUGCAUCUACCGUGACCAGCGCGAGAUGGUCCCGUCGUACGCGACGGGUGAUACCCUCUUCAUCCCCACCUGGAUCGAGUUUCGCACCGAAGAGGCCAGCUGCAAGCACACGGCUGACGCAGGGGACUGCACUAAGCUGCACACACUGACAAAGAAGCCGGAGGAGAAGUACGUGGCGGACGUCGAGGAUUUUACCGUGUUAGUCGCGCACACCUACUACCGAGAAAACCCAGCGAACCCGGCGGAGCACCUCGCGGGGAACAACGAAAGACACCAGGGGCUAGUCGAAAUGUGUGUGGACGAGCGGUCCGUGAGCGCCGAUCCAACCCUGGAGGCGGUCGAGGAAAUCAGCAAAAUGUCGAAAAAGAUGCUGGAAACCAUGAUCGCGCCCUUCAACGUCGCGCACGAAUGUCCCCCGCCGCUUGUGAAAAAGGUGAGUGUUACUUUCCCAUGAAUGUUUUGGUUGCACUUCAAACUACGAACCUAGCGAGUAGAAGUUUGAGCAAAUGUCACAACCUUCUACCUCUGUCUUCAUAUUCCUAGUAUCCCGACUAAAAACACUGCAGCGCGUCCCCCUCCCCUGCAUUCGUCCCGGUGCCUGUCGGUUCCGCGACGCCUACGCGGGCCAGUAUGAAGAGCACUCCGCGAUUGGAGACAACAAGCCGCGGGAAGUCGUCACGCAAGUUCCCACACCGGAAAAAUCGAUUUACAAAUCCAGUGCCGAAUUUUUGCAACUUUUGAGACAGCGGGUACGACGAUGGGUAAGUUUCAUCCAGCACGGUGUGGAUUUCAGUGAUCCCUGGACACGCAGGUACAUGGAGGUGCUGCAGCAAGAGCACGAGGAAAGGGUGAUACGACAGAAGGCGGAGACUGCGGAAAAAGAUGUCGCCGUGAGCUUUCUGCAAAUCGAAUCUUCUGGAGGAGGUUCUGAGCCACGUACCAAAAAUGCUGCGGCUUUGCAACUACAUAAUUCCGAUCAUCAGGGUGAAACACAAAGCAAAGAACCGCAAAGCCAAGGGCUCGGAUCUGCAGCAUCGGCAUUUCAGCGUGCGCGUCGCAGGCAUUUUUUGAGCCAUGUAUUGGGGAAAGCAAAAACCGUACAAGCGAAGCUUGCAGCGCCGCGACAAAAAAGCACAAGAAACGCAAAGACAAAGAGGGUCAGGGGGAUGGUUAAGCAGCACGAAGACCACGAAACACGCGACCACCUCCACCAGGGCGAGACAUUCACAAAGGCGGUAGCUUCUUCGGUUGAGUCACCCGUCGAGAACAGCAAGGUAAGUGGAGUCAUAACUCCCACGACGACUUCUACAGAGAAACAGAGAGCAGCAAGGAAGCAGAAGAGAAUGCGUGGUCACCGCCACGGUCGUCGGGUUCGAAGAUGGAUCCUUCCUGCAGUCCGAGGGCGACAUAAAGGCAUAAGUCCGGCGACUACAUCCCCGGCGAGUAGCAGGAAAAGGAAAUGGGAAGGCAGUAAAGACAACAAGAAAAACAAACAGCCGAACAUUUUUGAUCCGGAAAAUAAGGGAGUUGCGUCGACACACACGUCGGCGCUGGCACCUUUUGGUCAGACGGUCUCUCCUCUUCAAAGUGCUACGCCGCAGACGCCAGCAGCCAAACACAACAAAAGUAAAGCGUCUCAAGGAAAAAUAACGCAUCAAGCAACCGCAGAGCGCCACAGAAGUGUCCGACCGCCUUCAAAGAAGAACCCGAACUACGUCGAAAUCAACUUGCAAAACUACGACAAGGCGGCUGUCCUCGGUGCUGCCACAAAACAAGACCCCACGUCCUCCACAAUCUCCACACCUAUGGUAUCUGAACCAAAAACAAAAAGUCCAAAUUCACUUGAUGCAGAUGAUGAGAAAUCGUUGAAGCCAAAGCGGGAUAUGUACGCUUUGAAGAACGGGGACGUGUUCAGUGUGAGCAGACUUCUCGCAAUCGCCGGCGUGCAGCUCGACCGCCAGAAAAACGCGGAUGACGAGGUGAAGCGACGAGCGGGGACCUUACUCGAAGUCGUUGUCGAGUACAGGAAUCUGUACCCGUUCUACUCCACCUUUCACCCAAAGCCAGAAGAUAGCGCCAUCGAGUACUGCUACAGAAUAGUAGAACGGCCGGUGUCCGAAUUUAAGGCGGAGAUCUACUCCGAGAAGCAACCGGACGACUUUCCGAAAACUAGGCUGAUCGAGAACCAGCACGGCAUCUACUUGGUGUUCCGCGUCGGGGGGUCGUUUGGCUUUCUCAACUUCAUCUACGUUCUAGUGAUGCUGACGACUUCGUUUCUGCUGCUCGCAGGGGCGCGCGCGGCGUUGGAUAUACUCGCGAUCUAUUUUCUGCCGGAGAGAGAAAUGUACAAAGCGGCAAAGUACGAGACAGCGGAAGUUCCGUCAUUGCACAAGUACCAGGAAAGAGACGGUGAGGCAGCUGCAGGUGUAGCAGGAGCUGUGCAGGAAGGUGGUGGGAGUGCUGUUGGCACAAGAGGAAGAUGACGCGAAGAUAGCAUACAAAAAAAUCAAGACACAAAGCCUUUGCGGGCAGAAGAUCAAAGCCAGAGGAAGCACCACCGAGCAACCCGGAGGAAAUACGUCCCUGACGUGCGAACAAAACCUGAUGAAGACUGAUGGGUCCUCGUAGUCCGGCACCGAAGAAGUGGGGAAGAUCGGAGUAAAUGGAAAUACCUCCCGCCACCUGUCGAUUGCUGUGCUAAUCAAGCGAAGUUUCGUUGACAGCGAUAACAAAAGGUUGACGUAGAGGUGACGAAUGAACGAUGAAUGUCGUAGCGACUCACUUGUUCAG